UCGAUCGAGUGAGGUCGUUUUGGUUUUUCCUCUGUGUUGUGAGAUAUCGUAAUCGACAGAGUCAAGCUAACGUUUUGAUUAUUUAGGUUUAAUUGUUUGACGGUGAAGCACCGAAGCUGAUUUGAUCAGAAGAUUGAGAAUUUGUGAGCAUCGGGUUUGGGAUUUUUGUGGCGAUGUCUGGUCGUUUGUUGAAGAAAGUUUUGAAGGAACAAGAAGAAGACCAACGCAUAGAAUCAGACCACGAAGAGGAGGAAGAAGAAGCCCAGCAGCUGAACGGGAAAGCUUCAAUCAAUCCCUUCGACCUCCUCAACGACGAUGACCAUGACCUUGACCACCAGGAGGAUGAAUCAGAAACUUUGGAUGAACCCUCGAUUGUGCCUCAGCUGAAAACUAAGGUUGGUGGUGUGGUUUCAACGUCCAAUCAAAAAUCAAAGAAGAAGAAAAAGAAGAAAGGCAAAGAGGUUUCUUCUUCUUCAAGUACAUCCAAUGUUGGAAAGCCCUUGGAUGCGAUUCUUGAAUCACUCUCUUUGGAUGCCCCUGGAAAAUCAGCUGACACAAAGGAUUGUGAUAAUUUGGGUAAGCCAUGUGCACCGUCUACAUUACAAGUGGAUCCCAAGUUUUUAAAUGCUGAAAAUGAGAUGCGAAGAAUCUUUGGCUCUAAGGUGGUAAGGUCCUUUGAGAAACAUGAGCGAAGUGGCAGUUCUAGAAUGGCGCGAGGUGGAAGACGCAGUGCUUAUAUUCCUAGAAAAACUAUCCUGAUCACACCAUCAGAGCAUUGGCCUCGCUGGGAUGGUUCUUUGUCCAUGGAAUUUCUUCAUGUGAGCGAAGGAUACCAUCACUUUCGAUAUGUACAUUCCUCAUCCUACCGUCAAGCACAGAGUGAAUUUGAAGCUGCCAAAGCUAUACAUGAUAUCAAUGCCAUUGCAAGUAUUUUAUUAUACCAUCCUUAUCAUUUGGAUUCUCUUAUAACUGUGGCAGAGUACUAUAAGUUUACGGGUGAGCAUCAAAUGUCAGCAGAACUGAUCUCGAAGUGUUUAUAUGCUUUGGAAUGUGCAUGGAAUCCAAUGUUCACCCCCUUGCAGGGUAAUUGCCAAGUGAAAUACAGCUAUGAAACAAACAAGCCUCUGUUCACCGUACUUUUUACUCACAUGAAAAAUAUGGAUAUGCGUGGCUGCCAUCGAUGCGCUUUAGAAGUUUGCAAGUUGUUACUUUCACUAGAUUCUGAUGAUCCAAUGGGGGCCAUGUUUUGUGUUGACUAUUUUUCUUUGAGGUCAAUGGAGUAUGCAUGGCUAGAACGUUUCUCUGAAGAGUAUAAAAGUGAUAACUCCUUAUGGUUGUUCCCAAAUUUUUCAUAUUCCCUUGCCAUUUGCCGUUCCUAUCUUGAGAAAGAGGAACCUUCAAAAGAUGCACUUGUAAAAACUGCUAAGGCUACUUCAACUGAUCUUAUGAAGCAGGCAUUGAUGCUUCACCCCUCAGUCUUAAAGAAAUUAGUGGACAAGGUACCUUUGAAGGACAAGGUGUGGGCGGAUAUACUCAAAAAUGCAUUUUUCCGAGCAGAUCAAGUAGGAAUCCCAUCGUUGGAUCACCUAAUAAACAUAUAUGUUGAGAGAAAUAGUCUUAUAUGGAGGCUCCCAGAGCUGCAAAAUUUGCUGAGGGAUGCCGCACAGCUUGUGAUUGAAAGACUAAGGCAUAAUAGUAGUGAUAAGAAGGAUUGGGCAUGCGUGAGAAAAGAAGCAUUCUCAUCUGAGAAAAAUGAGUAUGCCCACUUGUUGGUUUCAGAUUUUGCUUCUUCAGCGCCAUCUGCCCCACCUGAAGUUUUGCAACAUUUCAUGCUUGAUCCAAGGAUGAGGGAUGCUGCGCAGCAUCCUGUUGGAGAUCCAAUGGAGGGUGGCCAUGCUCCCCGUAAUGUUACAAAUCGAAAUACAUUGGCGGUCUUGCUUGAGUCAAUGCUACCGUGGGUUCAUUAUGGGGAUGGAGAUGGAGGUGUUGAGGAGGAAAACCAACUAAAUGGCCAUGGUGCAGGCAAUGACUAGUAUUGAGUCAGUGCUACCAUGGGUUCAUUAUGGGGAUGGAGAUGGAGGUGUUGAGGAGGAAAACCAACUAAUGGCCAUGGUGCAGGCAAUGACUAGUAUUGAGUGGAACGGAUGAAAAUGCUAAUAGAAAAUUUAGGGAAAGCCACCUUUUGUUAAGUGACACAACUGUGUUCAGCUCUGGCGACUUCUAGGGAAAUUUUUGCAAAUUAGUUUCUGUUUGUAUUAGUUUUGUUUUUCUUCAUGUCUUUGGCUGCCUAACAGGACCAUUUGAACCUUCCUUUGAAACUAAUACCAUUUUAUGAUUCAAUGUCGUAAA